GCCUGCAAAGCGGGAUAUUACAAGGCCCUGUCAUCAGAUGCGACAUGUUCCAAGUGUCCUCCGCACAGCUUUGCUCUUCGUGAAGGUUCCACCUCCUGCACCUGUGAUAGGGGCUAUUUUCGAGCCGACAGUGACCCCGCCUCCAUGCCUUGCACUCGUCCACCAUCAGCUCCUCAGAACCUGAUUUCCAAUGUCAAUGAAACCUCUGUGAAUUUGGAGUGGACUGCUCCGCAGAACAAUGGCGGAAGGACAGAUGUUUCUUACAAUGUGGUCUGUAAAAGAUGUGGUGCUGAUCUAACUCGCUGUCGGCCAUGUGGCUCUGGAGUUCAUUAUACACCCCAGCAGAAUGGCUUGAAGACAACCAAAGUAUCCAUCACCGACCUGCAAGCUCAUACCAACUACACCUUCGAGAUCUGGGCAGUGAAUGGCGUGUCCAAACAAAACCCAAGUCCAGAUCAAUCUGUGUCAGUGACUGUGACAACCAACCAAGCUGCUCCAUCAACUGUAACGCAGAUUCAGCCAAAGGAGAUCACCAGACACAGCGUGUCCUUAUCCUGGCCAGAACCUGACCGUGCCAAUGGCGUCAUCUUAGAGUAUGAAGUCAAGUACUAUGAAAAGGACCAAAACGAGCGAAGCUAUCGAAUUGUAAAGACAGGCACUCGCAGCGCCGAAAUCAAAGGUCUUAAUCCGCUAACUGCCUAUGUUUUCCAUGUUCGUGCCCGGACUGCAGCAGGAUAUGGAGAAUUCAGUGGUCCUUUUGAGUUCACCACCAAUACCGUCCCGUCCCCCAUGAUCGGUGAAGGAGCCAGUCCUACGGUGCUGUUGGUGUCCGUGGCAGGGAGCAUCGUCUUGGUGGUCAUUCUCAUUGCUGCCUUUGUCAUCAGCAGAAGGCGGAGUAAGUACAGCAAAGCAAAACAAGAAGCUGAUGAGGAGAAGCAUUUAAACCAAGGGGUAAAGACAUAUGUUGAUCCAUUUACAUAUGAAGACCCUAACCAAGCCGUCCGUGAAUUUGCAAAAGAGAUUGAUGCUUCUUGUAUAAAGAUUGAGAAAGUCAUUGGCGUAGGAGAGUUUGGCGAGGUGUGCAGUGGGCGCCUGAAGGUUCCUGGUAAAAGAGAAAUUUAUGUAGCUAUCAAGACCUUGAAAGCUGGUUACACUGAUAAACAGAGACGGGACUUCCUCAGCGAGGCCAGCAUCAUGGGACAGUUUGAUCACCCCAACAUCAUUCAUCUUGAAGGUGUAGUGACCAAAUGUAAACCGGUUAUGAUCAUUACUGAAUACAUGGAGAACGGCUCCUUGGAUGCUUUUCUGAGGAAGAACGAUGGAAGGUUCACUGUCAUCCAGCUGGUUGGGAUGCUGCGGGGCAUCGGAUCUGGAAUGAAGUAUUUGUCUGAUAUGAGUUAUGUACACCGAGACCUGGCUGCCCGCAACAUUCUGGUCAACAGCAACCUGGUCUGCAAAGUGUCUGACUUUGGCAUGUCUCGGGUCUUAGAGGAUGAUCCCGAGGCGGCUUAUACCACCAGGGGAGGUAAGAUCCCCAUCCGAUGGACCGCACCAGAAGCCAUUGCUUACAGGAAGUUUACAUCUUCUAGUGAUGUAUGGAGUUAUGGAAUUGUCAUGUGGGAAGUCAUGUCAUAUGGUGAACGGCCUUAUUGGGAUAUGUCCAAUCAAGAUGUGAUUAAAGCCAUAGAAGAAGGCUAUCGUCUUCCCCCUCCCAUGGACUGUCCAAUUGCUCUUCAUCAACUCAUGCUAGACUGCUGGCAGAAGGAGCGCAGUGACCGGCCCAAGUUUGGACAGAUUGUUAGUAUGUUAGAUAAGCUUAUCCGGAACCCAAACAGCCUAAAAAGGACUGGAUUGGAAGGCUCAAGGACGAACACUGCUCUGCUGGACCCUGGCUCGCCUGAAUGGUCCCAGGUGGUUUCUGUGUUGGACUGGUUGCAGGCAAUUAAAAUGGAGCGAUACAAAGAUAACUUCACAGCAGCUGGGUUUAACAACCUGGAAUCCGUCGUGCACGUGAACCAAGAUGAUCUAACCCGGAUUGGUAUCACUUCCCCCGCACACCAGAACAAGAUUUUGAGCAGCGUCCAGGGAAUGAGGACCCAGAUGCAACAGAUGCAAGGCAGGAUGGUUCCUGUCUGA